AUGGUCCGACACUCAUUUCAAUCCGUGCUACUCAUUAUCACACUAUGUUCAUUCGUUCAAGGCAGUCCUUUAAUUUCCCAGAAACGGGGUAUCUGCGCCACCGAGGAUCCAGAUGCAUCUUUCCUGGAUGCUCUACAAGAAGUUAAAGAUGGCGAGAUCCAAUCAAACCGGAGUAUCAUCACAUCUGAGGCACGAAAUGCUCCUAUUGAGAUUGAGACUUGGUUCCAUAUUCUCUUAAUCCUCCAAGAUUCAUACGAAGACUCUGGAAUAAAAUACCAACUUCAAGGCGUGACUCGACAUGUGAACGAUCUCUGGGCCAAAGACGGCGACGACAUAGCCAUGAAGACCGCUCUUCGCAAAGGAACCUACAGAACCCUAAACGUGUACUUCCAAACCGAUCUCCAAGCCUCACCAGGACAAUCUGGUCGCGUCUCUACAUUCCGUGGAGCCAGUACAUCCUCAGAUCUAACCUCUAGCGUUCUGGGAUUCUGCACACUACCGGAUCCAAGUAUAAACGGGACUAGCACUCGGGAUAGCUACGUGAAAGACGGAUGCAACAUUCUCGCAAAGACGAUGCCAGGCGGAAGUCUUGAUUUAUAUAAUCGUGGCGGAACAGCGAUUCAUGAAAUCGGACAUUGGAAUGGACUUCUUCAUACGUUUCAGGGUGAAUCUUGUGAUGCUAGUAAUCCUGGAGAUUAUAUUUCUGAUACACCUCAACAAUCUACACCCACGGAUGGAUGUCCUGCUAGAAAGGAUUCUUGUCCUGAUUCUCCGGGUUUAGAUGCUGUGCAUGAUUUUAUGGAUUAUUCUUCGGAUAUUUGUUAUGAGACUUUUACUGCAGGACAGAUGAAGAGGAUGAGGAAUAUGUGGACUACUAUGCGGUUUGGUAAAUAA